AUGGAGGAAUAUUUUGAACAUGUCAAAAAGGUGAUGAAUGUAUUAAAGGAUAAUGAGCUCUAUGUUAACUUGAAAAACUAUGUAUUCCUUGAAACAAAACUAGUUUUCUUAGGCUUUAUUAUCUCAAGUGAGGGGAUUCAAGUUGAUGAGUUUAAAAUAAAUGCAAUAAAAGGAUUGCCAACUCCAAAAACUAUCUCUAAAGUGAGGAGCUUCCAUAGUUUAGCCACUUUCUAUAGAAGAUUUGUGAAGAAAUUUAGUGCUAUCACGGCACCAAUCACUGAAUGUUUAAAGAAAGGGAAGUUCAAAUGGGAUGGAAAAGUUGAAGCUAGUUUUAUGGAGAUUAAGGAAAAGCUAUCACAAGCUCCUGUAUUAGUGUUACCAGAUUUCAACAAGACCUUUAGCUUGGAAUAUGAUGCUAUUAGAGUAGGUACUGGGGCUAUUUUUUCACAAGAAAUAAAACCUGUUGCUUUCUUCAGUGAGAAGCUAAGUGAAGCAAGACAAAAAUAG